AUGUGCUCGGUUCCGAAUACUCUAUACAUCUGCAUCGGACGACACCUCAAGGAAAACAAGUCCUUGGGUUCGCCAUCUGACUGGACCGGUCUGUGUGUCUGCUCAUAUUCGCAUGUCUCGCUCGAAAUACUGAUUUGGUGGAUCAUUGAUCUUUGUUGGCACCGGUUCGAAUGGUUGAAUUUCAAUUGGUUGUUCAACUUCCUGGUCGUGAAGGGUGCUUGCACCCACCGUCUGGUGAUGAACAUUUUCACGCAAGAAACUGCGAUGAUCCCAUCUUCACGCCACUCAUGGUCUAUGGAAUGGAAUAUCGAGAUCCUGAACUACCAGAUUUCUUCACUUACGGAAGGACCAAAUUUGUCUCAUAAUCUAUAUGUCAAGAGCAAGGACCAGAAUCACAGGCCAGAAAUGGCUUUGAGACCCUUGGACAAAAAGAUUGGGAAGCACGGCUCUAUUUUACGAAUUGCAGCAUAUGCGUAUCACGAGACUGCUCAAUCUACCCUCCAGUGCAUCUUUUGCUCGCCGAAACUUGGGCCAGGCAUGGCGGGGCCUACCCACCUGCAGCUCCACGUUGGUGUCUUGAGUUAUUCGCACCGCAGCUCUGGCGCGGAGUCUACAGCAUCGGAUAAAUGCGACUUUGAAAUACGGAUCCUCUUAGAAACUGCGCGAAAACCUUCGCCUGGUGGUUGUGUGAAUAGAUGGAUAACAAAUGUUCUUGCUGUCAAAGUGCGGCGUGAGGCUUGUUUUCGGCACUGUGACCCAGCGGAGCGCUUUAGCCACCCGCCACUCGUCCGUUUUCGAUAUCCCGAGAAUUUGAGCGUCGUUCAGCCCCAUAGUCCCACGUGCAGACUACGGUUUUCUCAGAGCCCGGCAAAAUUUGCCUUCCCCGUAUUUGUCUUUUUCUCCGCGUCUCUCCGUGGUAUCCACAAAGAGGCAGGCAGUUCGGUCAACUCUGUUGAUAUAACCUGGUCCACCGCAGAAAUCAGCUUCCCCACGCCGGUGCGGACGAAUCAUAAUUCAACCAUGGAAAUUCAGCCGUCUUCACCACGCCACGCAAGUUAUAUGGAUGAGGCUGCCAUUAGUGCGAAGGUUUCUAGCACCAACCCCCAAUCAUCACUGAGCCUCGAUGAUCUGGGGUAG